AUGGCAAAGAAGAAGUUUUACGCCGUUGCGUCGGGCAAAAGGACCGGCAUCUUCGAAUCGUGGGAGGAGGUCAAGCCCUUGGUGUACGGCGUCGCCGGCGCGCUACACAAAAGCUUCGCGACGCGCGAGGAGGCGGAGCGCUGGCUCGCGGAGGCGUCUGGCGGCGGAGGCGCGGACCCGGCGCCGGCGCCGCCCAAGAAGAAAGCCCGGAUCGCCGCGCCGGCGCCGGCGCCGGCCAUCGUGCAGCCGCCCAGAGGAAUCACGGGGGACGAGGCCGCACUGGCCCGUUAUCCGGCGCACGAGCAACGCCUGCUUGAGGCGAGAGACUUAUUUGGUGCUAUUGACGCCCACCCUUAUGAAGACAGCGACGAAGACGGCGAGCCGCCGCAGCAGAUGACGGGCUACUUUCCUCCAUGGGAGAACGAGAUCUACCUCAAUCUCCUCAACAAGUACGGCCAGCCCCUGAAAGAAAACCACCGCGCGGUUAUGGCGUUCCAACAGGAAUUCAACUAUCGCGUGUGGUCGUCGGUGACGGCGCACCCCAACAAGUUCAACGGGGGCCAGACGACGCACAAGACGGGGCCCCGGGGCGGGAAGAUCAAAAGCACGGUGUACAGGGACUGGGUCGAGGCGAACGGGGGCAAGUGGGUCGGCUUCCAGUGGCAGCUGCUAGACUCGGCCUAG